AUGGAUCCAUUUAGUGAACGUUGUGGCUUUCAAAAUCUCCUAAACAGUCAACAACCAAACCCCUCCUUCUCCUACCUCUCUCGUGAACCAAGUAUUGAAGUCUCUGGAUGGCCUGAAGAUGCAAACGAAGAUGAAGUCAUCUUGUCUGACCGUAAAGAAAGGCGGAAAUGGUCACCAACUGAAGACAAGGUGCUCAUUUCUGCUUGGUUAAACACGUCCAAAGAUCCUGUCGUGGGAAAUGAGCAGAAAGCAAUUGCGUUUUGGAAACGAAUUGCUGCUUAUUUUGGUUCAAGUCCACAGCUUGCCGGUUACCAAAAGAGAGACACAACUUGCUGUAAAUCGAGGUGGGGGAAGAUUAAUGAGGGCGUGUGCAAGUUUGUUGGUUGCUAUGAUGCUGCAACCAAACAAAAAUCGAGUGGCCAGAGUGAGGAUGAUGUACUGAAGAUGGCUCAUGACAUUUUCUUCAAUGAUUAUAAGAGCAAAUUCACACUUGAGCAUGCAUGGUUGGAGUUGAGGCAUGAUCAAAAAUGGUGUGGAGGUCUGGCGAGUAAAGAGAAUGUGAGCUCUAAGAGAAGAAAGCUGGAUGAUCAAUCAUCACAGUCAUCAACGUCAGUGCCAUGUAGCCUUGGAGGAGAUGAACCAACAGCUCGGCCUGCUGGUGUCAAAGCUGCGAAGGGCAAAAGUAAAGCGGCUGUGAGUAAGGGUAAGACUUCUGAAGCAGAAGGGAAGUUGUGUGUUGACUUUCAGAACAUGUGGGAGAUCAAGCAAAAGGAUUUUGUAUUGAGAGACAAACUUAACAAGCAGAAAUUGCUCGACUCCCUAAUUACCAAGACAGAGCCAUUAACUGAACCAGAGAUUGCUUUGAAAAAUAAGCUCAUUAAUGAUAUGUUGGCUUCUUAGUUUGAGUUUAUGGAUCUUUACAUUCUCUUAUUUUAUGUAUGAGUUUCAGUUAAUGUUUCUGGUCAAGUCUGUAUUUGUUUCUCUUUGUUUUCGAGUGUGUAUACAUUUUCUUUGGAGUCUGUAUUAUGUAUAAUAUUGGCUAUUUCAAUGUAUAAUAUUGGUUUCUGUUUUUCUUAUCCUACAUAGGAUUGUUUUGUAUACAUACUCGACUUUUGCUGUUGCAGGACAAUGAAGAAGAAGGUAGUGGGAGACUGAUACAACCGGCAAAAUCAAAAGAAGAAAGCAAUGGCUUAUG